UGAAGAAGAAGAUGGACGACAUGGAGUACGACGACGCGGGCCACGCCGGUAUGGAGGACGAGGAGGUCCCGGAGGAGGAGCUGGAGGAGGAGGUCCCGGCCGACGACGUGUACGAGGGCGGCGACGACAACGGCAACGAGGAGAAGGUGCAGGUGCUGGACGAGUCGCACAAGCAGCCCAACGCGCACCGCAUCACCACGCGCUACAUGACCAAGUACGAGCGCGCCCGAGUGCUGGGCACGCGCGCGCUGCAGAUCUCCAUGAACGCACCGGUCAUGGUGGACAUCGAGGGCGAGACGGACCCGCUCAAGAUCGCCAUGAAGGAGCUGCGCGAGCGCAAGAUCCCCAUCAUCAUCCGCCGGUACCUGCCGGACAACUCGUUCGAGGACUGGAGCAUCGACGAGCUCAUCAUCGAGUAGACAGGGAAUAGAGCGGAGGGAGAAGAGCGUACGUACAUACAUACACAACACACACAACAUCUUUUAUACCG